AAAUAUGCAAAUCAGCCCAUCAGGCAGUGCAGGGUUGCACUGCAGAGGUGAACCUUUCUCCACUUAGGAAAAUGCUGAUGAACAGCCGAAACAUUUUAUCCCAAAACUUCAUUCCCAAUGCUUCAUUUUGAAUAAUCAGGGAGGAGAGACGGCAGCUGGAGUUGCACAAACUGUUUGUCUGUCUCAGAUAUUAAGAUGAGCGCAGACACGUUGGAGCAGUCGGAGGCUCCAACCGAACAGGCAGAGCAGAACGGAAUCAACUUCAAUCGACAAAUAAAGACAGAGGAGAUUAAUGACUCGCCUCAUUCAGCGGCCACACUGAAGACAUGUCAUCUGUCACAGAGCUCUCCAUUGCCUGGAGGUCAGCUGUCUGGGGAGCUCACCUCUCUCCACACCAUGCAGCAGCUGGUUCUGAUGCCACCGUCUCACCUGUCAUCUCAAUCCCCCUUCCUGCUCUCGCAGAGCCCCACCAGCCACCAAGCUCUUUUGCAGCAGAAUCUGCUGUCCCUUCCCUGCCAGAGUCAAACUAGUCUCCUUCAGCAUCAACCUGGACUGGCUCUGACUCCACAGGCUAUGAGUCGCUCUGGUCUGGCAGGACCGUCUAUGGAGAACCACAUGGACAUGUCCCACCUGCAGAUGCCCAAACACAUGUCUGUACCACCACAGGAGGAACCCAGUGACCUGGAAGAACUGGAGCAGUUUGCUAAAGCGUUCAAACAAAGACGCAUCAAACUGGGCUUCACUCAGGGAGACGUGGGCCUUGCCAUGGGAAAACUGUACGGGAAUGAUUUCAGCCAGACCACAAUCUCUCGCUUUGAGGCUCUCAACCUCAGCUUCAAGAACAUGUGCAAGCUCAAACCUCUGCUGGAGAAAUGGCUGAGUGAUGCAGAGAACUCCCCCUCUGACUCCCUGAGCAACCCCACCUCUCUGCCGCCCCUGAUCGAGGGCUACGGCCGCAAACGGAAAAAGAGGACAAGCAUUGAAACCAACAUCAAGCAGACUCUGGAGAAAAGAUUCCUCGACAACCCCAAGCCCAACUCCGAGGAGAUAACCCUGAUCUCAGAGCAGCUAGGCAUGGAGAAGGAGGUGGUUCGGGUUUGGUUCUGUAAUCGGCGUCAGAAGGAGAAGAGGAUCUACUGCCCGGUGACUAGUUUAUCGGUCAAAUCUCACAGCUACAACUCCAGAAUGGUCUCAACAUCCAGAUCUUACAGCCCGCUGGCUUCAGGUGGAGUUUCAUCAAAUUCUUCUCCAAACAGUGCAAGCCGCGAAGCUUCUCCCAACAAUCUGUCCACAGCCUCCGUCUCUUUAACGUCUCAGGUCAACCCAGCUUCCUACAGCUCACCCGGGUCCUGGUAUCGCACAUGGAACCCUGCUGCGUAUCAUCACUGAGAAACAUAAACUCUAUCAUGCGAAGCUUUGUUUGAGGAGGAGGAUGUACACUGAAGAUAUGUGAUGGAGUGGCACGAUAAUACCUGUUCUUAACAGGGUUACAACUACAGGCUAAAUCUUAGACGGAAUCAUGAGACAAAGCAACAGAAGACUGCAAAGACUCACCACACUGCUGUUAGGACGGCCUCGAGCUGUUUGAUUUGCAUUCAUGUGACUCUUCACUCUACUUAGAUCAACUGCAGAGAGGAAGAAUACACUGAAAAAAACACACACAACUGAAAAGAUAUAAUAAACCCUAGCAGGAAUUCUCAUAUUCAAGCCUGUGUGGCUCAACUAAUCUGUUUAAAUGUCAAACUGUUACUUUUUUUCUGUCAUCUUUACAUUAUGCUGGACUCCAAUGAUCAGUUUUGCUGGUAUUUUAUGUUUUUAUGUUAUUAGUCAGUUAUUAGUGUUGUUUUGGUGAAUUUAAUUUAAUCCUCCAUUGUGUACUGCUCGUCUGUCUAAAUAAAUAUGCAGUCUGAACACAGGGAUUGCAUUGAACUGCAUGUUCGUGACUGGUAUUAGUGAGCAGAACAGCUUUCGAUUUGGUUAUUUUAGUUCUUUAAAGCCGUUUAACUAAGCUGGUGAGAGAAAAUGUAAACCUCUGCUGGUCCAAACCAGCUCCUGGGGCUUCUGUGUACUUUGUCUCUUUUUUCUGCUGUGGCUUGUUGUUCUGCUUACUACAGACUCUCAUAAAAAAACUGCCUUUCAGACCUCAAGUCAUGGAUGGAUUACUGAGCGGGCCGACUGGGCACAGGCCAAGGUGCCCCGGGGGUCAGGGGUCCUGACUGAUAAAAUGUUGUUAAAAAAACCCAAUCACAAAGAUAUGCUAAACGACCAGAAACAUACACAAAAUUACACACAUACCGUAUACCCAUACUGACCAGAAACAACCCAAAAUGGCUAAAGAGACACAAAAUGACCACA